GUGGCGACCGUCAGUGUAGCGGAGGACGGCGUCGAGGGUAUACGUGCUUCACAUUCCUUCUUCCUUAAGUUUUAUUAUUGCAGAAUUAUCCAAAAUGUUUAUGUGGCGUGUAAUGAUGGGGGCGGCGGCGGCGACGGUGGUGAUGGCGGCGCCAGGCAAGCCGGAGGCCAGAGAGGACACGACCCAACUGGCCGCCGAGCACCGUAAACCAGUCGUCAGCGUCACUCCUCACCCUGUCAACGACCUGGUGGACGCGCUGCUCAAGUCCGAUACCAUGUCAGCUGUGGACGAGGCGGCAGCGCGGAUCACCUCAGCUGUUGGAGAAGUGGUGGAGGACCUGGGAGACUUUGUAGUGGGCACCGUCAAGGACCUUCCCAACACCAUCCGUGAGGUCUCCACCACCGUCAACAAGGCAAUGACUGACGGAAGCGAGAGGGUGGAAAUCAUCGUGAAAAGGUUCAGGACAAGACUUGUUAAUGAGACGGCUGUGGCAAGUAAGAGCGUCACCAACACCGUGGACAGAGUUCACAAGGCUGCCAACUCCUCCCAGACAGUGGAUAGCUUCAUGAAACUUCAGGAGCGGAUUGCAGUGACUAUGGGCCGAAUUUUUGCCUCCUUUGUAUUUAACUUAGACAAGAUUGACAGUGCUGUGGCGGACGGAAUCAGGCAAGCUUCCAGUACAUCACCUGGUAUUUCCUUGACUCCAGUACGUACUCGUCCAUCAGAGGAAAAUGAAAUUGGAAAAAUUGCCUGAGCAUACAGUACUUACUGCUAAAUACAUGCAGGAUGCAAACUCCUGAAACAUUAAAUAAAUAGUUUCAUAUAACUUUUUAUUUACAUGUUAACUGGCAAUUAUUAAGUUAAAACUACACAUUUCUAGCUACACUGAUUAUGUCUCCCAUUUCCUUUCAUCAAAGGGGUGGUACAUAAAAUAGUUAUCUGGACUUAGUGUUUGCUUCGCAAUAGAUAUGUUAUAGGUUCAAACCCUGUGCUGGCUGUCCAGCAUAAGGAAUCUGAAUCAUGUUAAUAUAUAUAUAUUUUUAAAUAAACUAUUAUUAUUUUUCAUGAAAAUCUGCAUAGGAUACCCUCAGGUAUAACAGAGACGUGUGCAUAGAACAGACCCCUAGACUCCUCGUUACUUGGGAUUAUAUUUUUAAGCCCAGAUAAAAGCCAACUAGUUUCUCGUUAAGAAUCUCCAGCAAUAUUCUCAUCAUUGAGGCUAUAAUAUAUAUACAGUACAGUGGUACCUUUGUUUACUAUCGUAAUCCGUUACCAGAGACGUGUCAUCAACCAAAACGAAUUUUCCUAUAAGAAAUAAUGUAAAUUCAAUUAAUCCGUUCCACACCCCCAAAAAUAUUAACUUAACACAUAUUAUACCAAAUAACACUCAUUUUGUACUAGCUACAAUACAGUAUGUAUAUCUUACCUUGAAUGUGGACUCUUGUUGGCAUAUGGAAGAUGGUGAGGAAGAGAGGUGUUGGUGUUUGGAAGGGGAGUCAGGCACUGAUGAUUUUUCUGGAGUACUCUCUCCUACGCUUUGCCUGGAUACCAUUAGGACCUGCUUGUGGCUCACUGCUUGUUUUCUCACUAAACCUGUCUAGCGGCACUUGUUUUUCCUUACGUUGUAACACCUGUCUGAAGUGAGACAUCACAUAAUCAUUAAAAAGCUUAACAUAAAGGCCUGCAACAGCUUGAUUUGGGUGACACUUUUCAGGAAAACUUUGCAAUUCUUCCCAUACUGGCCACAUUUUCUUAAUAAAUGAGGACGGGACAUCCUCUACUCAACAUCAACAACCCUCAUCCCAUUUUCAUGUCUAUGAAUGAUCUCUUCUUUUUCCUCUUAUCAUCAUCCUCACAACUAUUUUCUUAGGUUGAACAUUAUCACUGACUUUCUUGGGACCCAAGGCAUGAUAUAUAAUAAAAACUCUUAUGUUAAAAAGGCAAAAAAAGCAGGCAAACAAACUGAGUGCGCCUCACCCUGUGCCCCCAGCACCAUGCACUCGUUCGACCCAUACGUGUACGAACAGACGUAGUCUUUCAAGUAAACCGUCGUACACCAAUUCAAAUUUUAUGAUGAAUUUAUAUAUAUAUAUAUAAUAAUAAUAAUAAUAAUAAUAAUUUUUAUUUAGGCAAAGGUACAUACAUAAAGAGAUUUUACAAAGUUUGUUGGCUUUAUAGAUAAGAGCUAGUACAUACAAUGCCUAAAGCCACUAUUACGCAAAGCGUUUCGGGCAGAAACGGUAUACGAUUUAACAUCGUAUACCAAAAAAUUUGUAUUCUAGGGCAGUCGUCAACCGAGGUUCCACUGUAUAUAAAAUUGUUAGGAUCUAUUAUAUCUUAAAUUUUUAUUAUGUUCAUCUUGAUGUCAUCUUUGUCUUCACACUUAAUUAUAACUUGCAUAAUGUACUUUUAGUGUCAUGUAUUAUUGGAGUUUUUUUUUUUUAGCUACAGUACUAUAAUAUUGUUUAAAAUGGAAUACGGAGGUAAUGUUAAAGAAUUGUAUUCUGUAAGCACUCUCUAGCCAGUCUUUAUUUUACCUUGCUAAAAUGUUAAAAGUUUUUACGAAAGGGUUUAAUAAAAUAUCACAUGAGUAAAAA